AUGAGCGCUACCCUUUCAAAAGAACUACGAGAUAAAUAUAGUGUCCGCUCCAUUCCCAUCCGCAAAGACGACGAAGUGACAAUUCUUCGUGGCUCUAACAAAGGCCGAGAAGGCAAGGUUACUUCGGUCUACCGCCUCAAAUACGUGAUCCAUGUCGAGCGGGUAACGAGAGACAAGAGCAAUGGACAGAGUGUUCCCUUAGGCAUCGCCCCGAGCAAGGUAGCCAUUACGAAAUUGAAGCUGGAUAAGGAUCGCGAGAAAAUUCUAGAGAGGGCGAAGGCGGGCAGGGAGGAGGCUAAGAAGAGGAGAGAGGCUUGA